AUGGGUCACAAGUGCUGUUUUAAGUGUCUUAUGGAACACAAGUGCUGUUCUAUGUGUUUUAUGGACCCCAACUGUUGUUCUAUCAGUUAUUAUGGACCCAAAGUGUUGUUCUAUCAGUUGUUAUGGACCCAAAGUGCUGUUCUAUCAGUUAUUAUGGACUCAAAGUGCUGUUCUUUGUUUUGUGGACCACAAGUACUGUUCUAUGUGUUUUAUGAACUCGAAGUGUUGUUCUAUGCAUCUUAUAGACCACAAGUAUUGUUCUAUGCAUCUUAUAGAUCACAAGUACUGUUCUGGGUAUUUUAUGGAUCCCAAGUACUGUUCUAUGUGCUUUGUGGAUCCCAAGUACUGUUCUAUGUGCUUUGUGGAUCCCAAGUGCUGUUUUAUGUAUUCUGUGAAUCCCAAAUAUUGUUCUAUGUGUUUUAUGAACCACAAGUGCUGUUCUAUGUGUCUUAUGGACCACAAGUGCUGUUUUAUGUAUUCUGUGAAUCCCAAAUAUUGUUCUAUGUGUUUUAUGAACCACAAGUGCUGUUCUAUGUGUCUUAUGGACCACAAGUGCUGUUUUAUGUGUCUUAUGGACCACAAGUGCUGUUCUAUGUGUUUUAUAGACCACAAGUGCUGUUUUAUGUGUCUUAUGGACCACAAGUGUUGUUCCAUGUGUCUUAUGGACCACAAGUGCUGUUUUAUGUGUCUUAUGGACCACAAGUGCUGUUCUAUGUGUCUUAUGGACCACAAGUGCUGUUUUAUGUGUCUUAUGGACUACAAGUGCUGUUCUAUGUGUUUUAUGGACCACAAGUACUGUUCUAUGUGUCUUAUGGACCACAAGUGAUGUUUUAUGUGUCUUAUGGACCACAAGUGCUGUUCUAUGUGUUUUAUAGACCACAAGUGCUGUUCUAUGUGUUUUAUAGACCACAAGUGCUGUUUUAUGUGUUUUAUGAACCACAAGUGCUGUUCUAUGUGUUUUAUAGACCACAAAGCUGA